AUGUUGCGCCGGCAAGUCUUGGACCGGCGAUGCAGAGCUUCAACCAAGGACCCACACUCGGAAAUACGGCUUGAAGAGCCCGCCACAACAUUUGGACGCGGGUCACGGUGCAACGUCAACUUCGACAACCUGUACAUCUCCCGCGUGCACGCCACCAUUGAGAAACAGCAGGACGGAACGUACCUGCUCAAGGUGGGCGGGCAAAACGGCGCCUGUGUGAACGACGUCGUGCAACGAGAGGUGCAACUGCGGGAUGGCGACGUGAUUUCCUUUGGUGGCGUGCCCCCAAACCACGCGCCCGGCGCUUCUUGUCAGGCAGAAACGGACCUCAACUACAUCUUCCAAACAUCAAGCUCAAACCAGCAACACCCAGGCACGCUUGACCCAGGGAACUGCAAUAAUCAACAACAACAACAACAACAACAACAACAACAACAACAACAACAACAACAACAACAACAACAACAACAACAACAACAACAACAACAACAAACGCUGGCGUUGGCUGAUGCAGAGCAACACCAACCAGAGGCCAAGUCUGCCACGACCAGCAACGAGCCAGCUGAAGUGGUCAUUCUUGAUGACGAAGAAGAUGAUGAUGACGAGGAUGACGACGACGGGAAUGAUGGUAGCGGCGAUGGGGUGGAAGUGCAGUUGCAAGGGGAAGAGCGCAAUGCGAAACGCUCCGCGUUGCAACGGGCGAAACGGUCCACAAGCGCCACCAACGGCACAAGCAACGAACGUGCCGCCACAGUGACGAUUGACCUCUCUGAUGAGGACGACACUGAUAAGGGCAGCCAAGACACAGCAGCGGCCGUCCACACCAUCGACGACAACGACGACGACGAUGGUGAUGGUGAUGGUGGCAGCUCGAAACGGGCAAAAACCGCGGCAUCGUCGCCGUCUGCUGCCGCCAAGCAGCUUGACAUGACGUCGGAGUGCGAGUGUGCCAUCUGCAUGUCCAUCAUGGCGCUUCCCGCCACAUUUGGUUGCGGCCACAGCUUCUGUCGCCUGUGCACCCUUGAACUCCUCAAAUCCCCGAACGCGCGGUGUCCGCACUGCCGGCAGCCCGUGAAGCAGGUGCUUGAGCGCAGCUUCAUGGUGGAGAGCGUCAUUGAGCGUCUCAUGGCCACCAAGCCCGACGACGACGAAGCCAAGAUCGACUGGAAGGAGCGCGUGCAGGCUGCAAAGUCGCUGCCCGCGCCAGCCGUUUGCACACGCGCUUCACGCUCGGCGGGGAUGUACAGCGGCGGCUAUGGUGGCGAGUACGUGCAGGCCAUGCUGCACCGGGUUGGCGCGGCGGCAAAUGCGCUGGGCCAACACGUGAUGGCGUUUCCCGGUCAUGCUGCCCAACACCACCAGCCCCAUUACCACCCACUACCACCACCGCCUCAACCGCAGCAACAGCAACAGCAACAACAACAACAACAACAGCAGCCACGAACGUCUGGGCACUGGAAGUUCUCGUAUGCGACAAACGGGCGGGCGAUAUGCCGCAAGUGCUAUCAGAACAUCCCCGUGCGAUCCGUCCGCGUCGGCCAUAUCAGCGGGGCAACAACACGGUAUUUUCAUCUGCAUUGUGGCGUUCACUUGAUGAUGCAGCUGCGACUGCAGCCAGGGCCACAACAACUGGCUGCCCUGACACAAAGCGAUCAGGCCACCCUUUGCCCAAAACCCCGUUCACUCACCCAAACCAUUCGCGUGUGCUCUGACAGCGCAACGUCCAAGAUCUGUUCCGAUGAGUGCAUGGCGUCCUGCGACAAGAGGCACGCCGCAUCCCCGCUCGCUGCCUCUGUCGCUGUCUCGUCUUGGUUCCUGUAA